AUGUGGUGGACAUUCAACAUCUUCUUCAGCUCUGUCUUUCUUUGCAGCAUUAUUCUUUCUAUCCCCGUCGCCUUUGAUGUCGGCGGUCGCGAUUCUGGCCUGGCUUACAGCCUGAGCCUGUUCCUAUUCUACUUUCUCUAUUCUGGCAUCCGCCUCUUGAUACCUGAUAAGACGCGCAUUGGUUGGUCCAUUGGCGCCCUGCUGCGCCUGUCCCAGUGGAUUGUGAUCCCAUCGCUGCUUAUCUGGGCACUUGGUCAAUUCGCUGUCGAUGCGGACAGCACAAACUGGGUUGAACGAACACUCGGCGGUGUCUUCCAGUCCAAAUCGACAAGCUGGUCCGACUGGGUCUUUGGCAGAGGCGGUGUUAUUGAAACCGUUACUCUUGGAUCAUGGGAUAACGUUUUGAGAUACUCUGGCCCAGUCUUCCAGCUCCUCGAAGGCUUUUGCACACUCCUCGUCAUUCAAGCCGCGGGACAGAUUACUCGAUGGCUGGUGAACCGCGGCCGAAGCGAUACCUGGGUGAUUAUCCUUCUCGUCUUCUCCGGCUCCAUCAUCGCCAGCGCCGUCUACUUCCUUUGGCGGGUAGCGCAGUUCCCCCAGAUCAGCAAUCUUGACGCAACGCUCAUCGGUAUAACCAUGACCACAGCAGUGUUCCUCUGCGCAUACGGCAUUGGAAGCGGGCGAGGUAGUCCCGUGGAAGCAUCUUUGCUCUUCGCCUACGUUGUCCUCUGCGUCUACCAGAUCUUCACCGACUACAUGCCUUCGGAUGGCUCGAUCCCCAGCGAAGAGUAUGCAAACUUACAGCCGGAUCUACCGCCGCUGCCACCCAUCAUUAUGGCAUCAUACUCCACGCUGAUCCACGUCAUCAGCUCUUUGCCGACGGCGCUUCACUCAUCGCUCACAUUUCUUUAUGCCGCCUUCCAGACCAUCACGCCGUCUGUCAUCAUCUCCCUCACCUACCGACUCUUUGUCUUUUACAGCGCCACUCGUAUCAUCCCAUCGGUGCGCGAUAUGGGUGCCCGAGCGAUGGAACGCGAUCCCGAUUAUGAGGAGACGGAGGCCUCCAACGUUUUCCUCAGUGUUCUGAGCUGGUUCUCGCCGUCCCUCCUCGUGGCUGUAUACACGAGUCUGCUCCUCCAGCACUUCUCCGUCAGCGGAGGUAUGGACGGCUGGACGCUGCGAGCCGGCGCUGCUGGCGGCAGCACAUGGCGAUGGAUCAACAUUGGUCUUACCAUGAUCCUCUACGGCGUUGAACUCUAUCUCGGCACCGACGAGCAAGAUCACUGGAAGGUGGACUAA